AUGUCGGUGCGGCGCGAAAAACUCACCGACACCGUGGCUAUGAACCAUGAUCUCUUGGAGCCGGCAGCACUAAAUAAAGCCGCCAGCGCCAUCGAGGCUCAAUAUGCCCAAUUGGCGGCUCCCUCGGAUUUCGUCAACCUCAUCGAUGCCAUCGACGACCACCUCGAACUCGUCGACGACGCCGCGGCCUCGUUUGUCUCUGUCCAGCUGAAAAGGCACCAGCAGGAGCUUCUGGGGGUCGAAUACGCGCGUACCAAGCUCAAUUACACCAAGCGUCAAACUCUGGCGCUCGCCGACAAGUUUGGCGCUGCCAGUGAGUUGGGGGGUGUGCUUACCAUCAAGGUGAAAGCGCUCGACGACGAGAUCACUAAAGUGAGCGAAAAACUCGAGUUUGUCGAGAAAGUCCAGCUUUUAAAGACUACCAUCAACAAGGCUGCUUACGCCAUCGACCAUGGACUCUACGAACAGGGCGCUCAUUGCAUACUGGUGAUUCUUAACCACGUUGACUCUCUGAUCAUUACCAGUGAAUACGCCGAGGCAGUGGUACCGCUGACAGAGAUUCCCGAACUUCCCAAUGACGUCAUUGAAAAGUGGACGAACCAACUCUGUGCGGUGUUCAAACAGCGCUUUGAAGCUGCUGCUGAGUCUCGUAACGUCACUGAACUCACAAAGAACUUUCAAAUGUUCCCUUUGAUUGGUUGUCACGACGUGGGGCUUACAUGCUACUCCCAAUUCAUUUCUCGUAUCAUCACCGAUACCCUGAAGACGCUCCUCCUGGUGGUGGACAACUCCCAAGCCGCUGAACGACCAGGAAUGUACUCGCAAAUCCUCAUCAAUUUCUUUGAAAGCAUCAGUCAAAUGUUGAGUCAACACGCAGCCUUGGUCAAAAAGUACUACGGCAAUGCCAUGCCUAAGGUGAUUGCAAAGAUCCAAGGGGAGAUCGACGCCCAAAUUGGUACCAUCGCUGAUACCUUUUACGAUAAUCGUCGCAUUGAUAAGUGUCUCUAUGACGUCAAGGAGUACCGGUAUCCCUUACUUUCCAAACGUCAAGAAGAGCUUAAAAGUGCAGGUGAGUACAGCACCAUUGAACCGCAAAUGGAAUUGAUCCCGCUAACCACGGUGGGCGACUUAGUGACUGAGUUUUCCACUAUUUUUCACCACUGGUCGCUCUAUUGUCGAUUUGUUACCACAAAGUACUUGGAUGGCGACACCGGGGUGUUGGACAAGUCUAAUGUCACCAAGAAAAUCAACACUAAGCUUCUACCAGCUUACGAAAUUUUAUACCAAUACUUUUUUCGCCGGUCUCUCGAAAAAGCCAUUACCAUCGAAGAGCUCACACCGCUUGAUCCGUUAUUACAAGUUGAUCCUCGCAACAAAUUGGGGGACGAAACACCAAUACAACAACCGGGCGACUUACCGGUAUCUUCAGUGAUAGAAGACGUUACCUUGGUGUUCAACACCACUAUAAGGGGGUGCGUCAACUCGGCAUUGACUUCUACGGGCAAGAAGUUCAUUCUGUUCGUGACGCAAACGCUCAAUGCUGACUAUGUCAACGGCUUUUUCAUCAAAAACCUCAACGAUAAUGGUCCUCGAUACAAUCAAGGGUUGUGUCUUGUGGAACCAGAGGCGCCCGAGGCCGGUGUCGCUGGUAUAAGUCGUCUGGCAACCCCUGAACCGGCAAUGGGAUUCUUCAGAGGCGCCUCCACUGCAUUGAACAGUGUGUACUCAUCAACGGCUAUGGCCGUCAACCAAGCCACUGCCGCCGCAAACCCCAUGCACACUGUUACCGCUAACAACGUCAAGGUCUCAAAUUUUAUCACUUACCUCAAUUCCCUUGCGAUGGCGGAAGAAUACCUACAAAAAGUUGUGAACAAUAUCAUUGCUGAACUACCCAAGUAUUAUGCGCUGGCGAAAGAGGAGGAAAUGAUGCGCUUAGCUUUGAAGGACGACUUUAUGGACCCGUUCACCACUACCGCUACCAAAAUUAUUGGUGACUCAUUGGUCAACCUUUAUAAUCAAUCUAUCAAGCUGAGGCUAUUGACGUUGGUCACCGAAUUCUUACCUGAACAAGCACCUGAUAUUGAGGACGAGAAUCUCAAUGCCGUGAGAUACCAACAAUUCUCCAUCGCCUGGUACGGUUUGAUCAACCCCUACAGCCGCGUUUUGCAUCGCAAGCUUAUAUUCGACAAGCUUCUCAGGUUAUUGGUGGUCAAUCUCUCCAACAUUAUCGAGAAGAAGCUUCUCAACAACUUGCGCAAAUUCAAGAUCAACGAUCUUGGCGCCCUCAAAUUGGAACGUGAUAUGUCUCAUCUCAUUAACCAAGUGUGCCGCGACAACUACUACUUACGGGAUAAGUUUGUACGCGUCACUCAAAUUGUGUUGUUGGUGGGCAUGGAUGAUGACGAGUACCAAGAGUCAAUUUCUCAUAUCAGUCAGGAAGGUGAGUUUGACGAGGAGUUAGGCAUAAACUGGGUGUUGACGCCGCAGGAACGGAAGGAGUUACGGCAGUAUCGCAAAUGA